AUGGCGACAAGACCAGAGCAUCUGGCCCCUCCUGAGAUCUACUAUAACAGCGAGGAAGCCAGGCGAUACACCGUCAACACUCACAUACGUGACAUCCAAAUUUCGAUGAGUCAGCGUGCCACGGAAAUGUUAUUACUGCCUGAGGACGAAUGUUGUCUCGUCCUAGAUAUCGGUUGUGGCAGUGGUCUAAGUGGCUCGGUCCUUAAUGACCACAAUAACUUCUGGAUCGGAGUGGACAUCAGUACCUUCAUGCUGAAUGAGGCAAUAAGCAACGGUUGUGAUCAAGAGGGUGAUAUGAUACUUGGCGAUAUUGGCGAAACGCUCAACUUCAAGCCCCAGAGCUUCGACGGAGCAAUCAGUAUCAGUGCUCUACAAUGGCUAUGUGUCGCCAAUAAAAGCUCGCAUGACCCGUACAAACGCCUCUUGACUUUUUUCAAGUGGCUAUAUCGCAGUCUAAAUUACGGUGCACGAGCGGCGAUACAGUUCUACCCCGAGAACGCAGAACAAAUCGAAAUGAUUACAUCGGCAGCCACUAGGUGCAGCUUUGGCGGAGGUUUGGUUGUUGACUUUCCUGAAUCCGCAAAGGCGAAGAAAUACUAUCUCUGUAUAUGGGCAGGUAUGACGGGUAUACCGCAGAAGAUGCCUCAGGCAAUCGUUGAAGAAUAUUCAGAAGAAGAGACGGUACCCACCGUCGGCGCAAAUCAGCGCAGGGGGAAAAGAAAGAAGAAACAGGAGACUAUACGUCAACGUAUCAUCAAUAAGAAACAACAGCAACGCAAGAGAGGAAUAGACACGAGACCCGAUACCAAAUACACAGGUCGCCCCAGGCCGUCACGUUUCUAA